AUGUCGAACGUGGUCUUGCAGGGCCUGGGCCAGGGCUUCAUGUCCACCCUCUUCCCCGCGGUGGUGGUGAUCGUGAUGACGAUGUUGACCUGGGGCUUCGAAGGCUCCUCGGGCCUGGCCAUCCUGGCUGCGAGCUCGGUGAGCGGCACCGGCUUCCAAGGCGGCAUUGCUUCCUUCGGUGCCAUCGCCACGAAUGCGCACAAGAUUGUGCACCUGACCACGUGCCCCUAUAGCAAGAGUUGCCUGCUUGUGCCGCAGACUAUCGUUUAA